AUGAGCCUUCUGUCCCAACGGCCCGGGGAACAGCCAGCGGAGGCCGAGGUAGCAGGGAGUGACUCAGACAGCGGGAUGGGCUCACCCAUGGAUGAGGCUGCUGUUGCUGAGUCAACCGGUAUAAAUGAAAGACAAGACUCAGACGACGACAUUGUUGUGAACCGGAAGGCGCGGUGUCGAAAAGUCCUGCAGGACAGCGACAGUGAGGGGGAACCGGAGCAGCCCGGACUGACGGAGGCUCUCGUCCUAUCAGAGUCGAGCAGUGAGGAGGUGGACAAGACCAGAGAGAAGGAGAGCAAAAAGGAUGCAGCCAGGGGUAAAAGAAUGUCCCGUAUAGCCAUGGACAGCGAGGAAAGUGAACCCGAGGAGAAGCAAAGGGAGGAGAGAAAAAGGAGGGAGAAAUCCCAGCGACGCAGGGAAAAAGAGAACCACAGGAAACGCCUGAAGGAAAAAUCAGCGUUUUCAGAGGGUCGUUAUUGCUCUGUGCCCAUGGUUCUCAAUGACAGUGGCUGUCUGCUAGGGGACAGUGAUCUGUUUGAUGCCCAGCUGGAGGAUGACACUGCAGGCCCCGAGGAGCCUGUUGAGGAGGAGUCUCUGGAUGCCAUCAGAGCAUCUCUAAAACAGAAAGUCAAAAAUCAUAAGUCACAUCUUUAUGAACAGGAAGAAGGUGAUGAGCAGGAGGACAGACCGCAGCGCACGGAGCGGAAAGCGGCUCGAGCCAGCAGAGAGGCCUUGAAAAAUCUCCACAGCGAGAGCCAGAGACUUGUACGAGAGUGUACAAUGGGACUGCCGUACCACAUGCCAGAGCCUAAGACCAUUGACCAGUUCUUCAAGAGGAGAGCCCGGCCAGAGGGUCCUGCCAUGGCAUUACUGAAGUCGACAAAAUACCAGGCCUGUAUAUUAGAAGCAACUGCAGCACCUUCAGCCAAUCAGAUCCAAGCCAAAGCAGCCCAGCAGCUACCCGAGCACAGUUCCAACACACCAACCAAUUCAGCACAUGGGACAGCACCAGAAUCUUCUGCCCAGGCCCACAGUUUGUCCAAUUCACCAAGCGCACCAUCGGAACACCAAGAGAACCCCAAGAAUGAUGGGGAACCACAAACAUCGUUAGACUCAGUGGAAAAGCAACCUGAAACUGAAGCCAGCGCCACGGUCCAGGAUACUGUUGCCAUGGAUGUGGAAUGUGCUGGCCCUGCUGUGAAGGAAUCUGAGGAAGCUGGACUUUCAAACCAGAUCCAAGAGGGGCUUGAGGAAGCAGGUCAGCAGUCUGAGGCUGCAGCAGGUGUUUCCUCACAGGCUGGGCCAGCUCCAGCAGGGCCUGAUUCUCUGCCUGUGCCUGGUCCAGUGGAACCCAAGCAGAAAAAGGAUAAACUGGCCAGGCUCCGGGAGCUUGGUCUGCACCCACCUCCUGUCCCAAAGCUGUGUGCUGAUGACGGAGCGUUUGUCCAGCUGGAGCCUGCACGGGCAAAUCCUGCUCUGGAGGCACUGAAGGAACGUUUCCUACGCCACGUCCAACCCGUUGCACGGGUCAAAGGAGAACGCACCCUGCAGCUCAGUGUAGUGCGCAAAGACACUGCCCCCUCUGGCCAGGAGGAGCUCCGCGCUGAAUCUGUUACUGUCACGGUCACUGAGGGAGAGGAGGAACCUACACACACUAAACCAGGUGAGAAGUUGACUCUGCUGAAGUCUCGCUUGCAGCAGGCCAUGGCCGUCCGGAGACAGGAAGAGAGAGAGCGGAGAGCAGCGCUGUACCGCCUUGACAACGAGGACUGCGACGAAGAGGAGGAGGAAGAGGAAGAGAUGACUGAGUCAGAGGGCGAAGAGGGUGUUGAUGAACUGCUAGGGGAUGGUGAAGAUGGUGAUGGUGGAGAGGAUGAUGCUGGUGAAGAAGACGAAGCGGGAAGCAGUGUUACCCUACAAACAAGAAGCCCAGCACAAAAGGGUCCUUCUUCUCUCCCGGAUAGUGACGGCACCCUAAUGCUGUUUGCAGGCAGUUCGUGCUCCCGCACUGGAGAUGGCAUGAGGAAGUCUGGGCCAACAUGUCCAGAGAGCGAUGCAAAAAUGGAGGAAGAGGAUGCGCUCUCUUUGACCAAGGACAACAGUCACAACAGCAGCUUUGAGCUGAUUGGCUCCAUGAUUCCAUCCUAUCAGCCAGUCAACAAAGCUGCUGGCAGAGGCGUGUCCUCGAGCGUUUUCCGCUCUCCAUCACCGUGCUUCUUCAGGCCCAGCUUCCUGGGCUCUGCGUCCAAGAGCUCUGGUAAGCUGUCGGAGCCCUCUCUCUCCCUGCCUGUGGAGGACUCUCAGGACCUGUAUGCUCCUCCAUCCCCGAGUGAGGCUGGGCCUCUCGGGGGAGGUGACUCCCAGGGCCACUUCUCCCUGGAGGAGGACACUCACUCACAGCUGCUGGACGCCGACGGCUUCCUGAACGUGGGGCCGCGUGGCGGGCCCGGGCGUUCACACAAACGCCAGCUCCUAUUGGACAGCCUGGACGAGAACGCCAUGGACGGCAACAUGGACGAAUUACUGGGCCUUUGUUCAGGGGGCUUCGCCACGCCCGCCGCCCAGCCUGAAACCGCCCAGCAGAGGGCAGAGGAUGAGCUGUUAGGCCUCUGCUCCGGAGGUUUUGCCACACAGCCAGAUCUGUCGGCGGACAGGCCCGAGGAAAAGAGCAAGGACCAGAGGCAGGAGGCGGAGAGUCAGGGCAGUUCAGACACACAGAUGGACGAACUCCUGGCUCUCUGCUCAGGCAAAUUCACCAGCCCAGGUGGAUCUCCCCUGCGUUCUGUCUCCUCCCCUGCUCACCAUACAGCCAAUCAGGCCUCAGACAAGAAAGAGGAGGAAGAGGAGCUGGAGGAAGGAGACUGUGAGUUUCGACUCCUCUCUGAUGUGGAAAGCUUGAGUGAGCAGGAGGACAAUGAGGAGCAGGAUGCUGAGGAAGGAGAUGAGAAUGACGUGGAGGAGGAGGAGAGGGAGGCUGUGUUUGGGCUUGGUGGAGGGAAGAGGAAACUACGUUUGGAUGAGUUUGUGGACUCGGAGGCUGAGCUGUCCGGCAGUGACAUCGGUAGCGAGGAUGAGGAUGAAGAGGGAGGUGAUGAAUACGAGGAAGAGGAGUUGCAGGAGGAAUUGCCCUCAGAUGAGGAGCUCCAGGAUCAAGUCAACAAAAUCCACAUGAAACAGGUCCUCGACGAUGACAAGCGACGUCUGCGCCUCUACCAAGAGCGUUACCUCGCCGACGGGGACCUGCACUCGGACGGACCUGGUCGGGCUCGGCGCUUCCGCUGGAAAAACAUCGAUGAUGGCUUUGAUUUUGGCGGAGUCGGGGCAGACGGUGAUGAAGAGGAGGAGGAUGAAGAGCUGGACCAGGCAGAGCUGCAGAGACGUAGAGAGAGACUUGAGAAGGAGCAGUGGCUUCGAGAGCAGUCUGAAGCCAAGGGUCAGAAAGGGGAAGAUGUGGAGGAUGAGGAAGGGAUCGGAGAGGAAGACAGCCAGUUCAUGAAACUGGCAAAGAAGUUCACUGCCAAGACACUGCAGAAAAAAGAGGUCCCUGUUGUGCCCCUGCAGGAAAAGAAGGUUCCUAAUGCCAACCCCUUCCAAAGACCCAUCCAACCUGCAGUGAAGAGGGGCUCGUUGCUCAGUCAGCCCCGUGCGGUGCUCCAAAAGCUGGCUUCCAUCUCAGACGGUAACCCUUUAGCCCCACGCAACACCCGAGGCUUCCUCUUCCAGACUCUUUCACCAGAGAAAGAGUCCAGUGCUGCAGAAGCCCCAAAGAAACAGAUGAAGAAGAGGGGACAAAUCAACUCUGUGAAUCCUGCAGCCAAACGACCUUGUCUGGAAAAUUCAUUGCCACGUACAGGGCCCCUGAGAAGUGUUUUCAGUUACCUGGAGAACUGA